AGCAGACUCAAUUGGUGAAAUCAUCUUUGUAAACGACCAGUAUGUGCCAUAGAUUCAAAUAGCUGGGUGAAUUCUAUAGCUGAUUCGUCUUCUUUGGAGAAAUGGAGUAGAAUAAUUCGCGUUGUUUCUAACGGCAGCAGCGAUCUUAAGCUUAAAUUGCAAGAAACUAGUUUUAGCAUCCUAAUACAGAGGAAGAAAGUGAAUGUGCCAACAUAAUUUGAAGCUGUUAAGUUAAACAACGUCAAAGUUUAUGAAGUCUGGGAUUGUGUCGCCAGGGAUUGAUCGGAUCGACAGGAAACUAAUUUUAGCAUCCAAACAUUGAGGAAAAUGUGCCUAAAUAAUUAUAAACUGCGUUUAGUAAAACCACAUCGAAAUUCGUCUGAGAAUUACGAACUAGCGGAUCAAACAGGUUUUUUUCUGAAGCUACAUUGGCAAACACAUUGGCAAACGUUCUUCACCGGAAGCUGUUGCGCUGACAUUUUAGGCCUUGGAAACGAAAAAGAAAAUGACAGACCCCAAAGCUCAUAUGACAGAUGAAGAGAAGCAUCAGUUAGCCUUGAAGCUUGAUGAAGAUUUAGAAGAAUUUAUAAAUUCCCGUAAAAAUACUCCUUACUCUGAAGGAUGGAACGAGGAGACCUGGGAACAAGAAAUGGAGCAGCAUCCAUUUUUCAUGAAGAAACUUCCAGAAGAGGGAGAACCUUUACCACCUCUCCUUGAAGCUUUUCAACAGCUAAAGUAUGACCCAGAAGAAAAUACUACUGAAGACUUAGCUUUGUCCUACAAAGAUGAUGGCAAUUUCAACUUCAAACUGAAAAAAUAUCGCUUUGCUAUCGCGAAUUAUACUGAAGGUCUUAAACAGAAGUGUGGAAACGUGGAAAUUGAUGCAACCUUGUAUCUAAAUAGAGCUGCUUGCCAAUUUCAUCUAGGCAACUACAGGUCGUCCUUGAAUGACAGCCUGCAAGCUGCAAAAUUAAAACCUGAUUACACAAAGGCCGUCGUACGAGCUGCCCAAUGUUGCUUAAAAUUAAAACGGUACGCUGACGGCCAGAAAUGGUGCGACUAUGGAAUAAGACUAAAAAACACCGAUCCCUCGCUUGUGAAAUUGCGAACUGAGCUCGUGCAGGGUCAAAAACUUGAGGAAAGAAACAAGAGGAAAGAAGAGAUAGCAGAAAGAAAAGAAGAAGCUUUAAUUAACGAGCUAGUUACCGCCCUACGUGUUCGUGGAAUCAACACUGGCAUAAAGAGGAAAAAGGAUAGUGAACGCGCAAUGUUGGACUUGUCAAGCAUUGAACCAUGCCAUCCUGCUGCGAUUGGGAAACGUGUUCACCUUGUCGACGGCUGUUUAGUUUGGCCAGUCCUUUUUUUGUAUCCAGAGUAUGGGGAAACCGACUUCGUUCAGGAAUUCCACGAAGACACAUGCUUUAUGGACCAUCUGCAAUUGAUGUUUGAGGAAUUACCACUUUGGGAUCUGGAGAAAAAAUACAAUCCAGCUUCAAUCCGGAUGUAUUAUGAACACAGAGAUAGCGGGAAACUUCAUGUUGUUGAUCCGAAUUGUUCAUUGAAGACUGUGCUGUCCCAAAAAACGUAUGUUGUUCAAGGGGGCACUCCUGGUUUUAUUUGUUUGGUCGAAGGAAGCCCAUUCCAGAAAGAUUUUUUGAAAAGGAAGUAAUCGAUUUGUCUGUUCCGAGUACUCGGUACCAUCAAGUCCUCGGCAUUGUAGCGAGAACUCUCUUACAAUGUCUUGCAGUCUUCUCUUGUUAGAUUUUUCC